AUGGUUCCAUUUGUCGAGGUCUCGCACCUGCCAUCCUCGAGCUCUUUCUACUCUGCCGUUCUUCAACCCCUCGGUAUAUACUGUAUAUCACCGACCCCUACCAGAGACAAGGAGCUGCAGGCUUCCGUUGCUUACGGUCUGAGCCAGUUUGAAAUACUCCUAGAGGUUCGACAGUCCGAGAAUCCUCUUAAAUCCCCGAGAGUAUCGUCCCUCACUCUCUCGGCUCCGACAAGAGCAUCUGUUACCGCCUUUUACCGCUGCUGGUUGAAAGCAGAUCCCCCCACCUGGUCGCCCUUUCGAGACAACAGAGGUCUUGAGCGAGUUUAUAACGACCGGCAACAGGCUCUCGAAGGACCCUGGACUACCAACGAAGACGGUGUGCCCGUAACCCAAGCCUUUAUAUACGACCACGUCGGCAACAGGCUUGAAGUCAAAUAUCACGGAUCUUCAUCGCGACGGAAUAGAGGCAAGGCUUCUGUUCUCGGAUGGGACUUCGACAUUCAAGAAAACCCUCUAGCAAAAUUUGUGGCCGUUGACAGCCCCUUUAUUCCCAGAGGAUUCUUUCCAAUGACACAUUUUCAAUCCUUGAGCUCUACCUCGACUCCCUCCUCAACCACCGGUCCCGUCAUGACUUCAGCCACUUCCCAGGACUCUGAUUCACUAGCAAAUCCGAGGGAGAGUUCCCGUACGACUGGUCUCAACACCCAGACUGUCGUCGGAGCUCUCCUCGGUGCCGCUGCCGGAGCUGCAGUCACAUAUGGUCUUAUAUCUGGUUCUAAGGAGGAGGAGCCCGAAAAACAUGAGGAAGUGCAGCACCGCUCGGGCCUGACCAGAAGAGCGACAUUCACGGAGAAGCCAGUGGCCGGCCAGUACUACCCGAAUCGAUACGAGAAACACUACCUCAGGUCCAGAGAAUACGAAACCCCACGAAGGAUUCCCCAGCCCCACCUGCACAGCUUGGCUAUGCGGGAGCCCUACGGUCAGGAGGACGACGAUGUUGAGUAUGGCGUGGACUCCAUGCCUGCAGCUCAAUUCGAGCCUCGGUCGCUCCCCGUCCGGGGUCGUGACCCUGCGCGGUCCAUGCCUAUGCCUCCUAUGCCUCGAACUGUAGAGGAGCCCGACAUGCGCAGCCGCAAGUCAUCCCGGGGUGUCAGUCGCUCAGCUAGCGUACGUUCCCGGAGCGAGACUCGCGACCGAGCUCCCGACGACUGGGACCGUCGAAGCUAUGGAACAUCCCGUCGCACUGCGCCCAAGGCAACCGUCGAGUCAACAGAGCCGCCGUUCGUCGUCAACUGCGCGUUCUUCGUCUUCCACACGCCAAGAAAGGGAUUCCCAACAGUACCAAGAGCAGCCCAGGGCUCGUUCCCGGAGCCGGGCGCCGAAGCUUCAACCGCAAGGAGAGUCCCCCUGCCGGACAGUGUGGCUGGAAGCAGCAUGGCAGACUGGGAUGAUGAUUCCAGCAGCAUGGCUUCAAGUCAAAUGACUGCCAGGGGGGUUCCGCUGCCGGACAGUGUCGCGGGAACCAGCCACGCAGGCUGGAACGACAAUGCCAGCAGGGCUUCCAGUCGCAGGACCGCCAGGGGCGUCCCCCUUCCGGAGAGUGUCGCCGGGAGUGACUGGAGCGACAGCACGAGCAGGGCUUCCAGUCGUAUGACCGCCAGGGGCGUCCCUCUUCCGGAGAGUGUCGCCGGGAGUGACUGGAGCGAUAGCACGAGCAGGGCUUCCAGUCGUAUGACAGCAAAGGGCGUCCCUCUGCCCGAAAGCGUAGUUAGCAGUGACUGGGACGACAACAUGAGCCGUGCUUCCAGCCGUCUGACUGCUAAGGGCGUCCCUCUACCGGAGAGCGUGGCCGGCAGUGACUGGAACGACAACAUGAGCCGUGCUUCUAGCCGCAUGACAGCCAAGGGCGUUCCCUUACCCGAGAGUGUUGCGGGCAGCGACUGGAACGACAACGCCAGCCGGGCUUCCAGCCGCAUGACAGCCAAGGGCGUUCCCCUACCCGAGAGUGUUGCAGGCAGCGACUGGCAUGACAAUAGCAGCAGAGCUUCCAGCCGCAUGACAGCCAAGGGCGUUCCCCUACCCGAGAGCGUGGCCGGCAGUGACUGGCAUGAUAACUCUAGCAGGGCUAGUCGAAGGACAGCCAGGGGAGUCCCCUUGCCUGAUAGCGUGGCGGACUGGGACAAUGCCAGCCAAAGUUCGAGCAAGAUGACCGCCAAGGGUGUUCCCUUGCCGGAAAGCGUGGCCGGAAACAGUCGCGCAAACUGGGACCCUCGAGGCAUCCCGAUUCCCCGAAGCCAUGCCGGCAACAGCCACGCAGAUUGGGAGGACUCCUACGACGCACCCCCGCCUUCCCGGAGCCGUAACGUUAGCAGCCACGCAGACUGGCAGGACGCCCGCAGCAGGACUGGCCGCAUGGCGGCCAAGGGUGUGCCCCUCCCAGAGAGCAGGGCGGGAAGCAGUUAUGCCCACUCGCAGGAUACUCGCAGCAGAGCUCCCAGCCAGAUGACUGUAAAGGGUGCGCGCCUUCCCGACGGCGAGGCAGGUACUAGCCACGCCCCCUGGGAUGCCCACGACGUUCCCCUCCCCCAAAGCCAUGUCGGUAGCAGCCAUGCAAACUGGGAUCCGUGGGAUGUCCCCCUCCCCAAUAGUGGAAUCGGGAAAGAUGAAGGCGACUGGGCCGACGACAUGGAAAGUCUUGCUCCCGAUGAUAGUGUCAGCUGUGUGGGCAUGAAGAGCAGUCGCCAGAGUCGCAAGAGGCAUUAA